CUCGCAUUGUGGACUCCUCUGGCCUUGUAGUGUGGCUGCUGCCCAGCGUCCUCCUGCAGACAGGGAGACCUGGAGCCCUCCAGUGGGUGGCACCCCCUUGCUGGGGGGUCAGGCCACAAGUCCCACAGCUGUGUGCUGCUCUGAGGACCCAUGAUUUGAGGGAGGUGGUACUGAGAGGGGUCCCUGCUCUGCAUAUGUGACAGUUGGCAAGGUCACAGCCUCCCUCACAGGGAAGUGUGGAGUCAAGGCCACCCCAGGUAAGGUGUUGCAGGCAGGGUCUGGGUGCCCUGGAGGGCCAGCUCAGGAGGCCCGUUCCUCACGGGCCUUCUCAGGUGGGAGGUAGGUGCCUGCCCUGGCUGUGGAGGAGGCUGACCAGGCCUGGGGUCAGGUGUGGAGGGGCUGCCUGGGACCUCCCUCUGUGGCGAGGCCCUGGUGGAGCCUCUCCUUGGCACCUGGAUGUGUCCCCCAGGGUCUUCUUCUGGGUCUUAUGAGCUGGCGGUGCAGCUGGGGUCUCUGCAGGAGCAGUGACAGCCCUCCCUGCCCGCCGCCGCCUCGGACUACAGCACCCGCGACAGGACAGCUUGCCACGUGCCAUCUCUGCCUCGUCUCACUCCUUGGGCUCUUCCAUCUGGCUUCCCAGUGGCACCCACUCCCCACGGUCUUCCCAAGUCCCGCCCUGGCAUCUGCUGCCUCUGUGUCCCCUGUCUCCUGGCGCAAGGCCAGUGGAAGCUUCAGUGGGCUGGACGGACGGACUGCCCAGACUCACACGCACAGAAAAGCCCUGCCCUGCUCUGCAGACCCUUUGGGGUGUGUGUGUGUGUGUGUGUGUGUGUGUGUGUGUGUGGCGUGCACCACAGGGGAGACCUGUGCUUUGACUCGGGGGCCCAGAGCCUCUGGCCCUCUACAUGUCAUUCCCUGGCUGUGACUGUGACCUGUUCGAGCCUGAAGAGCUGGGCUGCUGUGGGGACCCUGAGGCUCUGCUGCCUUCCUGGCCCUGGCAGCCUGGUGGCCUCGGGGUGCAGCUGUGCCGCCGGCGGCCGUGGGGCUGCGGAGGGCAGGGCAGUUGGUGGCAGGGUGCCAUGCCAACACCCGGGCCUGUGUUGCUGUUGCUGGGCACUGUGGCCUCAGGCCCUGGGGCCCCCAGGGUGACGGGCAUGGUGCCCUUCUCCUCUCGCUGUGCAGCACUGCCCGGCCCUGCUGGGCUUUGCUUUCCAGGGCCGAGGCGGUGAGAAGUAAACAGUGUUGCUAAUUAGAGCAGAGCUGCCAGCUUCCAGAAGGGGGGCCUCCCGCCCCCGCCCACCUUCCGCGGCCCAGAUUGCAGCAGAGUCAGGCAUAUGCUGCAGUUGGAGCCUGUGUGCUUUUCGCAGUUGCGGGGGGCUGGGGGCCUCUGCGGCGCUGCUGCCUGCUGAGCCCCGCCCUGUCUAUACCUGUGCAGCCCAGUCUUGGAACUGGGUGGUGGCUGUGGGCCGGCACAGGGGUGGGAGGCUGGACAGGGACAGGGUGCCUGGGCUCCCUCCCUGGCUCCUUCCUCCACUCUGCAGGCCCAGCCGAGAACUUGGUGUUCCAUGUGUCUUCUGGACUCCCGAGGGCGCCUCCACGGGGACGAGGUUCCGCUCGCUUCGCAGAGGAGUGGGCCAGGGCCCGGAGGGCUGCACAGCUUGCCUGACAUCCUGAGGGUGCCUGGUGUCUCAGCCCCUGGGCCCUCCCUGCCUAGGGGUACCCGGGGAUGGGCAGGGGUACCCGGGGAUGCCCUGUUGGCUUCUCCUCCCAGCCCACCCUGCCAAGAAGCCAGCCCUCAGACAGGGCUCCGCAUGGCCCUGGGACCCCCAGGAUCAGCGGAUUUUCCUGGCCCUGGGGGUGUGGGAGGUCGUGGGAAUGACUUGGCAUGCCAGCUUCCUGACCCCCCCAGGCCCCUGGACCUGGGACUCAAGCUGAGCCCCAAGUCCCUCCCCUAUAGUAAAGGUAAUAAGUGGACGUCCCUCAAGGGACUGUCACAGGGUAGCACAAGUGCCCAGCCAUGCAGUGAAUGUUGCUGAUAAAGGGGUGUGUUUACAUGCUGACAUGGGUCACGACCCCACAGGAGAGGUGGACAGGGAUCUGGCAGGCACCCCCAAGGACAGGAGUGGGCAGGCCCUUCACACUGUGGGGUGUUAGAGGACUGUCCUCCCAGGGGGAGAGGGGAGGGAGGAGGCCAGAGGGCCGGGGAAGGGGUAUGUGCCUUGUGCACCAGAGUGGAGCUCCAGUGGUAGAAGCCAAGGAGGUAGUGGGUUGGCCAGCACCAGGAGUCCAGGAGCAGGCCCUGGUUGGCAUGGACCUUCCCCUGGGCCUGCAGAGGCCCAGCUGAGGUGACGGUGCUGCCAGGGACACGUGCAGGCUCCUUGACCCAGGUUCUGGCCUCUGCCCACUGGUCUUCUGGGAGCCUCUGUUCCUGGCCACUCUGCGGCCAGCACAGAGACCCACCCUGCUAGCAGGGGUGGUGGUCGUGGGGGCAGGAGACAGACUGCACAGGUUUGGCCAUGGCAUGGACUGGACAUGAGCAGAGGCUCCAGGCUUUGGGGAGCCAGUGUGGGCCCCCUGGUUUGGAGUGUGUCCUGAAGCCUUGUGAUUGAGCAGCCUGAGGGGACCCAGCAGCACCCAGCACGGCUGGUAGGGAGCAGAGGGCAGCGAUCGGUGGCCUCACAGCCCACAGGACAGCAGCUGCUCCGCCCUGGCUUUGUCCUCAGCCAGGCCUCUCCACGCUUUUGCUCUUUGUACAGGAAAGUAUUCACUCGGUUCUGGCCACUGUGUGUGGCUCUCUCCCGUCAAACCAGGGCCUCGACAACCCGUGGGCUGAUCAGCAGCGGGCCGUGGGCAGGGUGUGUCCAGCCUCGAUCCUCAGAUGCUCUGCCCCCCGCUUUUGGGAGCAGGGCUGGGGAGUCCUGGACUUGGGUGCUAUGGGGGCCUGAAGGCCCGGCAGAGAGGAGGUGACGGUCAAUAAAGGGGCCAGUCCUUUGGUGGUUGGAUGGCCCAGGGCCAUGUCUGUAGGAAGCAGACGGGUGUUCAGUCCCAGGGUGGGGAGGCUCCCUGGGAACCAGAGAGAGCCAGAGGUGGAGCUGUCUUCGAGGAUCACCUCAGAGUGGUUCAGGCUUCCAGGAUGGCGUGGGUGACACAUGAUCACUCCCUGUUGCCCCCAGCCUCUUGUGCCAGCCCAGAUCUGCUGCGUGACACUCUAGAAGGUUGCAGAAGUUCCUCAGCCUUUUCCAGGCCCCCAGUUGCGGCAGCCCUAGUCUCCUCUCUGGGACUUCUGAUCUCUUGCAAAUGUCAUCCCCAGGGAAGCCAGGAGCCCUAGCAGAGUGGGACACCAGGCUGGGCCGUGUCCCUGGGCUGGAUUCGGGUCCUGCUGGCUGUGGCAGUGUCCUGGCUGCAGGGAGGUCUGGGGGGCCUCAGAUUCCAGGUGGGGCCUGGGCUUGGCAGCCCUCCUGGCUUGACACCCUUUCCCUAGGUUAGGCCCUGUAUAAAAAAGCCCCGGGAAGGGCAGGGGUGUGGCUCCGUGUCAGAGAGCCUUCCCGGCACGUGUGAGGGCCUGGCUUCCACCCCCAACCCCAAAAAUAAAACAAUAAAGACUUAGGUUUUCUUCAUGCCACCUAGAACCAGGGGACUUUUGCUGUCAACUCCUUAUCUCUGGACCACUCCAAAGGAGCACCUUUGGGGCACAUCCCAAGACAGAUUCCUGCAUCUCCACACCUGUCCCUAUCAGCCACGCAGCAGAGAACUCACGGGCACUCACAGUCCUCAGGGAGAGGCAGGGUCUCCCUUCCCCCACUCGACCUCAGGACCAGCUGCGCCCCAGACCAGCCACACACAGAACCCAUGUCCACCCCACCACGCGGCCCUGCCGGGCAGGUUCAUGGAACCCCUGGGAUGUGUCUCUUCGAGCUCCCGGGGAGGAGGACGCAAGCCAGGACUCCUGGCUUUGGGGGACAUCUGGGAGUGUUGGUGGGAGCCCCAGCAGGAGUUGAAGGGCUCAGGCUCUGUCGCUGAGUGACACGGGGUUAUUAUGCUGUCAUGGGGACACCUGGAAUUCUCUCCCACCCCACUGAGAGGCAACUCAUUAGGAAGCCCCCACCCCAGCCAUUGCCAGCUCAGGGCCUGCACCCACUGUCCCCACCCAGUUUCAAUGACCGUCCUGAGGGCUUCCACUGUAGGCCAGGGGGCCAGAACAGGCCAACAUCCAGAGCCAGGCAGUGGCCAGCCUGUCCAGCACAGUGAUGGGCCCUGGGCUGUAGACCUUGAGGCCACCAUGUGAGCCCACCGUCAGGCUGAUGGCGGCUGGGGCUCGCCCUGGUGCUCACCCACCUUGGCUACUGGCCAUGCCAACCCCAGUCUUGGGCAGGCUGCCCACCUACCUGCGGAGAGCACUCCAGCCCUUCCCCAAGGAUAGCCAGCAGCAGGGUCUCUGGUCUGUCAGGACCCUGGGGAGAACGGGGAGCAGGAAGACCAAGCCCAGGUAGUGUCUGUGUGUCGUCUAAUGCGUGGGGCAGACUGCAGGGGUCUUGCCUUCCCCAGGCAGUGCCCUGGUGGACGACACCAGGACAUGGAGGUCAGCGCUCAGGUCCUGGGCCUGCCUCUGCCAGCGCCUUGGUGUGGGCUGGCCUCUGAGCCUUAGUUUUCCCACCUGCAAAUUGGGCUGAUGACGAUCCCCACCUCAACAGGGCAUGGUCAGACCCCACGAGAGAUGGUCAGGGCCAGGACCCUGGGAAAGAGUGUUUACUGUGGGACAGUUGUGGGAGCAGGGGUUGCAGGGACAGGGGACUCAGUCUCGAAUGCUCUGCUCAGCAUUGGGCCGCCAGCCUGACCAACUGUGUCUGUCACUCUUUCCAAGGGAAGACAGUCUUGGUCUACCUGCAGCCGAGGGUGACCUCAUAGCUGACCUGGGGUGGCCCGGGCCCUCCCAGCAGCUGGGCUUUCAUGGCACGAUUCCUCACGUGGUCUGGUCUGAUGGCAUGGAGGAGCCAAGCCCCAGUAUGGAGGCCUGCAGCUUGCCCCUGUGGGCUGUAAGCCAGGAGGACAGGGAUGGGGACAGUUCGGUGUCAUCGGGCCGCAUUUCCGGCUCCUCUGGGGGCCAUGAAUCAUGUGCAACUCCCAGAGGGCCCUGGAGGGAGAGGCCACCCCAGAUGCUAGGGCCCCGGCGGCAUCCCAGAAAGAGCAACCCACGGCUGGAGCAGCUAAGGGACAAGAUCCGGGCGCAGACGCAGUGGCAGGCUAGCUGCGCCUCCUUGGGCACCUCAGCACCCUCCAGUGCCUCGCGCCUCUACAAAGCUGCGUCGCUGGCACCCAGGAGCAAGACCCGCAAGGCGACAAGCUCCCUUCCAGCCCCUACAAGAUGCCCAGGCUUCAGUGACCUGCAUGCAGCUGAGCCCAGAAUGGAAGACAUAGUACUCUCUGGCCUGGGGCACGAGCUCUCCCGGGUCACCCAGCAUGAGGCUUCAGUUCCAAGGGAAAAAACUAAGAGGACCAGAAACAUCUCUUGGAAAAGGGAGAAACCUGCCCAGUCGCUCUGCCCCAGCGCACCGGCCAAAGGCAAAGAUUCUGAGUUGGUUGGUGUUCACGCCUGGAGGAAAGGACAAGCCCUGGUGAGGCUGCUGCUUGGGCCCCCUCCUGCCCGCCCCAGGCUCCAGAGCAAGGCACCCUUGAGGAACUGGGCCCCCAGCGUGGAUGCCACAGGAGACAGCAAGAGAGCCACAGCCCCCCGGGGCUCACCCAUCCACGCCUGGCUCCCCAGGGCUGCCUCUGCCGGCAGUGACCAGCGGCUCUCCGAGAUCACACCCAGCCUGACUUCCCACGAUCAGCCGGAGACGGUCCAAACCGCCAUGGCUAUCCUGAAAGACCUCCGGCAGCAGAUCCAGGCCGGGCUGGAAUUGGCCCGCAACCCCAGGGACAGACCCAAGCUCAGACGCGCUAAAGCAGAGCCGCAGAGUCCAGCGGGGAGGCAGCAGCGGGACCCCCCCGGCUCCCGGGAUGUGCAGGGCUCCUUCUCCAAGGGCUCUUGGGCCAUGACAGAGGGGAAGUGCUCCUCUUUAGAGAGGCCCAGCAGUUCCUGCAUCCAGCAGCCCUGGCACACCUUAGCCAAGUGGGAGUCCUACCCACAGAGGGCCUGGGUGACCCAAGGACAAGACCCCCCUUUCCAGAGGUCAAGAAAAAACCCCGACAAGCUGGACACUUUCUCACGGCGGCCCUGGAGCACCUCUGGUGGACAGACCUGUCAUCAGAGGGCCUGGGCGGCCUGUGAAGACUUGGAGCCCGCUGUCUCCAGACCCUGGAGCUCUCUGGAGAGGCCACACUCUGUCCCCCAACGGCCCUGGAGCAGCUCCUUUGUGCAAAGGACUGCCCCCCCCAGUAAGCUCAGAGCCGCUGUCCCCCACUCUUUGGGAACCAAGCAGGCCUGGUCGAGGCCCAGCCAGGGCCACCCUCAGAACCUCUUGGGGAAGGAGCAAGAUUCAAGCUCAUCUGGGUCCUGCCCACGGCUCCGGGCGCCCCUGUGCCAGCCGCACAGCUCGGAGUCCUUACGGGACUUCAUGCGCCAGAAGGCCCAGGCCCGGCGGCAGCAGGCCCUGGAACGGAAGGCCGUGGCUAUGCGCACUCUGGAGCUGAGGAACCACAGGCUGCAGGAGGUCUACCGGAAGCAGAGGGAGGCGGUGCUGGGCAAGGCCGUCCCCGUGGUCUCCCAGACCAACCCUGGCAUCGUCACCUUUGUGCCCAGUUCUGCGAGGUCCGGGGGCCUGGAAGCCCCUGGGAACCUGGCAUCUCCUGUGCUUCAGUGGAACAAGGUGACAUCUGGCAAGGUGCUGGGGGCCCAAGAGGCUCCGGGCAGAGCCUGGGACCACACUGAGACCCUGGAGACCGGAACCGGUACCCCGCUGCUGCUGUCCACCGCUUCCUCCCUGGGCCCCCUGCACCUCCAGGACCUCUCCCGGGGGCUCUGCGUCUCCCUGGACCCACAAGAGGCAGACCGGCUGGGCUCCUCGGGCCCCCUGCAGUUCCAGUACAAGCAGGCCCGGCUGCAGGCCUUGGAGACCAUGGCCAACGUGCUCAAGCAGCGCAUCGACAUCCUGACCACCAAGCUGCGUGGGGCAGAGGCCUCGGACACUGCCCUGGACUGGCCACCCGUGGGUCCCAGCUCAGCACCUGCUGCCCUCACACUCACUGCCACGGCCUGCCCCAGUGCCUUGAUGCCCAACAGAGAAACAGGGACACCCCAGGACUGGGCUGGCCUGCAGGCCAAGCCCCUCAUCCCCUCCUCCUGCUUCCUUAAUGAUGACCCAGAGCUGUGGAGCCCGAGCUGGGGGACACAAAGCGUCAGCCCAAGGGCCCGCCACCAGAGCCAGACCCAAGGUGUGCAACAGAGACUCUGGGAGCUGGAGAAGAGGCUGCAGAGAGAUUCGGAUCCCUUCAGGUCCCUUGGUGCCCCCUUAGGGAGCUCGCGCAGGGUGCCGGCACGGGACCCCACCUGCAGCUCCCUUUGUCUGGAGGACGUGCCGGUGGCCAGAGGGCCAGGCUUGGUAAUGCCCUGGAGCACCCGGAGCUGCGGUCAGCAGGAGCCUGGGGGCCUGCAUGCUGGAGACCCACAUAGCGGGCACCUGGCUGACUUGGAGCAGAAGUCCUCAAGCUUUCUUGAGUCACUGAAGCUGAACCAGCAGAAGCAGGCGCAGGGACUGGCCCUUCUGCAGCAGCAGGCAGAACAUGAAGUCUGGGAGACGCAGAUGGCCCUGGACGAGCUGCUCUUCAAACACCAGCUCAAGGGGCUGAUGGAGAAAGACUCAGCCCAGCCCAGGCCAGGGACGGCUUCAAAGCUGGAGCAGCUGCAGAUCUCUGGGGACUCAGAGCCACAGACAUUAUGUGGCCCAGCCUCGCCCUCAACCAGAGCACCCUCGACCCCGGGUGGAGAUGCCGCCCUGGGCCCCCAGGUGCCUGAGGAAGGACAAGCCAGUGGGGCAGGCCAGGAAGCUUCUGCAGAGGUGGGGAAGCCGGACCCAGCCCCCUCCCAGCUGCCUUUGACCAGGCUUUGCCCUCUGGACAGCCCUACCCACCAGCCGAACGUUUCGAGGCCCGGAAGCGCCCAUGCCACAGCUUCCAGACCAUUCAGCCUCUUCACCGUCGGGAUGCUAGAGCAGAGCCUGCAGGAGGAGAAGCUGUGCCCACAGCACCAGGCCGAGUCGCAGCGCCUGCGCGAGAUGGCCCUCGAGGAGAAGGAGCGCGCCCAACUGGCUUGCAUGAAGCAAGAGUUAGGGUGUCUGGCUUUGAGAAAGCGGCCCCAGGCAGUGCAGAAAACCCUGUUGGAGAGGCCGCAGCGAGCCUUCAGCAGGCGUGAGAAAGAGCAGAGGGAAAUCCAGCACUUGAGGGACUUUCACCUGUCCAUGCACCAAGACAGGAAGCAGCUCGCACAGCAUCAGAAGGCAGUCCUCACAGCGCAGAGCUCUGCCACCUGCCCUCGUCAGGAGCUGCGGUCACAGACCCAGCUGCCACAGAAUUCCAGCCCUGAAGUCAAGGCCACCGUAGAGAAGGGUUCUGAGCCUAGGCAACCACUGGAGGGAGACCUCUGCCCGCUGACAGCACCCAGGCCUCACAGUCCCACCAGCCAAUGUCCCCAGAGAAACCCUGAAUGCUCGAAAGUCUCACAGCCUCCCUCUGUGCAGCUGGAGGAGGCACCCCCUGAGACACCUUCCCAUGCUAAUGGUCACCUGCAGCCUCCAAGGUCUGCAUGGGGAGAGGUCACGCCUGAAGCCAGCCACCCACUGGUGCAGAGUGGCAGCCAAAUGGACCAAGGUCUGGGGCUCCCUGCAGGCCAUCCAAGGUCUGUGACUCUCAGGACUGUGUCUUCAGAGCCUGGGGAGCAGCCUCGUGUCCCCGUGCUGAACAUUCUGAGCAUCGGACGGCUGCCAGGCCCAGACUUUCCUAUGCAGGCCGCAGAGGUGGAGGGGAGCACCCCCAGAGCUCAGCCCAGGCCACAGGAAGCAAAAGAGCCACCUGCAGGAGACUCUCAGACCAAGCCAAGGAUCGCCUUAGCAGAAGAGAGUCCCCCAGCUCCAACAGACAGCCCCAGGUGGGACUUGGUGGAACAGAGUCAGCAGUCCCAGGGCAGAGAGGGCUCCUGCAGUCCCCAGGAAGCCAGAGUGGCUGAGAGCAGCACAAGUCAAGAGGGGGCAGAAUUGGGGCUCACUGUGGCUGGGAGCCUUGUGGAGGAGCCCCAGGAUGUGGAGAACUGGCAGCCAGGGGAGCAGAGGUCCCUGACCAUGAGCCUGGGAACUAGGAGGACAGGACUCCCUCUGAGGGGUGCUCCAGGACUUCUCCACCAAUGUGCUUACAGGGUAGAGGCCUGUUGGCAGGACCUGGGGGUCCCCUUUGCCUGGCUGGAGACUCCCCGACUGGCUGCCUUCCCAGCUCCUGCAGCCCCUCGCUCAAGCAGCCUCGCACCCCAGCUGGGAGCCCCCUUGGACCUGGACUUGGAGUGUGCCUCCAGGACCUGCUCAGGGUCUUCAGGGGCUCCCGCAUCCUGCCCCACCUCCUCCAGAGGCUCUGCGAGUGACCCGUCCUGCUCCUCUCUCCAGGAAUUUCAAAAAGUUUCAGCCACCCUGGUCCAGCUCUCUGGCAGCUGCCUUUCCCUGUCUGGCUUGGAAGCUGAGGUCACCCCAGACGCUGACCUCGGCCCGUCUGGGCAUCUCUCUGUUCAUGACUCCUGGGAGGAGCUCACCCCACCUUUGUCCUGGGGGCUCCACCAGGGGGACCCUCAGCCGGGUGGCAUUCCUGAGGGUGCAGGAUGCAGGUCCUGGCAGAGACGGGGGGGCCACGGGGCUGGGUCCCUGGGUGUCUCCUCCAUGGAGGUGACCAUGGCAGGAGGCCUAGAGUCCAGGCAGAGCCUCCUGCAGGAAAGCUGGCCACUGUCCCUCCCAGACGCCCUCUAUCCAAGGUCAGGGUCAGAGCUGUCAGAAGCCUCCAACCAAAUCUGGGACGAGGACAGCAGGGAGAACCCGUGGGAAGCUGGUGUUGGUGCAGGGCCAGCCUCAGGGAGCUCCUGGCCUGUAGGUGGCUCAUCCGACCUCAAGAAAAGUGGGCAGCCUCAAGUGCCUCUUCCUCUCCUGGGCCCUAGAGAGGGACAGGAAUCUUCUGGAGCCAGCAAAAGCCUCACCCGUGGAUCGAGUAUGGGGAAAACCAAGCAGGCCUCCCCUGAGGAGACCAGCCAGGGGCUCCUAUUCCAGACCCCUUCCACCAGUGACUUAGACCCACCACUGUCCUUUCCUCUGGGGACCUCCACCUCUGGAGGGAUGUGUUUCAGCAGAGGAGGGCUGAUCCCUCCCCAGGCCCCCGCUGACUGCCAGGAGGAGCUCUGGGGUACUGCUGUGAGUCUGUCCACACAGAGGAAACUUCCACAGACCUCGCCGGAGCCCGAGGUCCCUUUGGCCCUGCAGACUCCUGAGGUCCCCAGUGGACUGGACUCUCCAGCUGCCAGGAGCCAGGUGCCUGGGUGUCGGGGGGGUGGAGGCCCUGCUGCCCUGGAGGAGGCCGGUUCCCCAUGUGCCAUUGGCUUCUUGGCUGGGAUCCUGUCUCCAGUUGACAAGGAGCUGUCCUGUGGCAGUAGAGACCUCCUGUCCCCCACCCACAGGGAUGCCCACUUGCCCCCACCACCUCCCACCCCUGAAGCACAGAGGGCCAGGGAGGAGGCCUACCCGUGCUCAGAAGACUUCCCCUCCCCACCUGAGGAGGCCAUGUUUUCUGGGGGCUCAGAGGACCCUCUGGGGGAGGACACCUCCAUCGCCACUGAGGAUCUUUCUGAGGAGGCUCUGCCAGCAGCACUGUCCCCAGGGCCACAGGAGUUGGGGCUGUGCCUGGGGGUGCCUGGGAAGGGCGGAAGCCUCGAAGGCAAAUUGGGUGAAUCAAGUUCUGCUGUGGGAAGCCAAGCCGUGGGCAGUCAGGGGUUAGAAGCAGCCAGCUGCCCAGGGUCCCCCUUGAGUGAAGGGACAGGCAGUGCCCCUAAGGGGCUCCCAAGGCCAUUGGCACUGACCCUGAGUCCAUCCCAAGUAGCCUGUGUGGCCCAACAGGUUCUGCUGAGGCCGCUGGUGGCUAGUGACUCGGAGGUGCUGCUGGGCACUCAGUGUGGGCGCCAGGCUCCUGCUCUGGGCUUGGGGUUCUGGACUGGUGUGGCGCCUGAGGAGUCCCCGGGCCACAUGGGCAGGCCCUGGGGAGGGGUGUGGGGCACUGAGUGUGCGGAGCAUGAGCCAGGGUCAGGGACCCUCUUGGGAGGCCUGGAUGGGCCCCUAUCCAGAAGGACAGCCACACCCCCAACACCCUGGUCUGCAGUCCCAGCAGCCUCUCCCCCAGGCCCAGUGCCCUUGCUGGCCAGUGUCGGCGAAGAGGGGAAGGGAGGCCUGAGCUGCCAGGCAGAGGACCACCCUGGGGCCGAGGACUCAAUGGGCACAGAGCAGCUCCCUGGGGGACACUCCACCCUGGUCCUUGACUCAGGGCCCUGUGCUGAUCUCCCAGGCUUGGAGAAAAGCGAGGGAGCCCAGGCUGUGGACCUGGUGUCCACCCAGCUCACCAGGAGCAUCCUGUGCGACUCGCUGGCUGUGCUGUCAGGGCUCAUCCCCCAGGGCAGUCCCUAGGGGAGGCACACAAUGUUUGUGAUGCCAUUGUGUAACUGUGUAUGUGUGUGUGUGUGGGGGGGGGGGGCGCACAUGUGCACAGGGGCCUUCAGGAGGCCUGGAUGUCCAGGGUAGGCUGGAAAUGAGGCACGCCACCCUGCUGCUGGCGGUGCAGGAUGGUCAUCUGAAACAGCUGCAGACUGGGCAGGGGCUCCACAUCACUUCAGACUGGAUCCAGCUGCAUUUCUUUGGACAGGGCGUCCACAGCCUUGUCAAGGGCUGGAAGGGCCAGACCCAAGUGAUGAAGAGACAUGCUUGCCAAAGAUUGUCCCGGCAGCAAGGGCAGGCGAGGAGGUUGGGUGCUCCAGCAAAAAACAGCCCCUAACAACAGGACAGAGUGGGAGUCAGCAGAGGCCAAGAGGGGAGGAGAGAGCAGCCGUGGAUGGAAGAAGAGCUGGGGGGUGAGCCUCCCGACUCUUGCCCACUGGACUUCUGACAGCAGGGGUCUUCUGGGUUUACUGUUUCCAGUAUAUAACUUGUCAGCCGGCUGAUGGGCAUGUAUGCCUCCCACGUGCCUGAGCUGAGCAAACCAUAGUGGGUGACCACUCGAAGGCCAAAAGUUACUUCCCCUCCACCAGCAAAGCCUGGGGCUUGUCCUCUGGGGGUAGGAGACCUCUCUGGUACUGCAGACUUGUCCAGAUUUCAAAAGGGCUCCUGGGCCACAUCUUUCCUCAGAAACACAGUGACUGGGUCCUAGCGAGAGACUUUGUGGGUGUGUGUGCGCACACACACCCACGUGCUUGGUCGAGGUCAGCCCAUGCCACCUCCUUCAAUUCCUGGGUGGACCUUCCAGGACAGAAUGACCCAGGUGGCUUCUGCCAGGAAGCACUGUGUCCCCUCUUCACAUGAGCCCCCGCCUUCCUCAGGACAAGGUCUGGGGGAGUGCAGGGCAGUGUUGAUCCAGGCACACCAGGUUUCCUAGGUGAAAAGGAGCAUGAGGACACUAGCUAUGGGUUUUGAAGUGAGUCUCAGAGCCUUGCUGGGCCUCUGUAGGCAGGACAGGGAUACGCCGGGGGCAGGCUUAGCACAGACCCCCUGGAAAAUGGCCUGGAGCAUGGGUAACGGCGAGGACAGGCCUCCCCAGCAGUGACCUCCACCCAGAGCAGCCACCUCCAUGGUGUCUGAUGGGCUCUGGUGCUGUCCCCCAGGGAGGAGGAGGCUGGUGCCCUGCAUCCCAGCCAUCACCCCUAGCAGUGCCACAGCGCAGGUUCCCAGACUCGAGCAAGAGUGAAGACUUCCCUGUCCACCCUGCUCCCAGGGCUCAGGAGGAGCAGUGAUGUUUUAUAAGAUUCCAGCGUGAGAACCGCUUGAGCUUGUGCUACAGUCUCCCUUGGAAGCUUUGGAAUGAACUGUGCUCUGCAGGAUGGAUGUAUACUGACGAGUGUGCCAUUUCUGCAUGUUUGCUAUUUCUGAGUCUUCCCCUCGGUGCAUUCCGGGAAGUGGCUCGUGACCCCAGCAGUCAGUUCUUUUACAGAGGAAGCCGCUUUCAAGUCUGUUUUCUGACUUCCAACAUUGUCAGGUAUCUUGAGCUGAAGCUUGCAUACAGGAAUUGGCUCUCUGAAGUUACUCCUCACAUCCCAAAGCUGUGUGUGAGUGUGUGUGUGUGCAGGUGUGCACAGGUAUGUACCCAUGUGUGCGUCUUCCAGCUCGCAUUGAUCAUUCAUUCCUCUAUCAUCUCUGUCAUCCAUCUAUAAUCCAUCCUUUGCCGACUCAUUUCUUAUUUAAGUCAUUAAAAACCAUGUUAGUGGCCAGGCGCUGUGGCACAUACCUGAAAGCCCAGUGGCUCAGAGGCUGAGGCAGGAGGAUCACGAGUUCAAAGCCAGCCUCAGCAACUUAACGAGGCCCUAAGCAACUCAGUGAGACCCUGUCUCUAAAUAAAAUACAAAAUAGGGCUGGGGAUGUGGUUCAGUGGCUGAGUGCCCAUGAGUUCAAUCCCCAGUAACAAAAAAAAAAAUGUUAGUGAGUAAUUUGUACCAAUGGCACCAUUAUGUGACAAGGAAAAGGCAGGAGAGAGAGGCAUCAUACAAAACUUUGGAAAAACUGCACAGAAAAAACACUUAGAAAUGUCAUGUGAUUUCCCAGUAAUAUGUGCCAUUUUGUGUUUUUAGGUAUCAGUUUUAUUUUCAAAUACUCACUGAAUAUUCUAAAAUAUGAAGAGAUUUUUUUUCAGAAAAUGAUUUUUUCCUCUUCUUUUUAUAUUGGUGUAUUAAAUGUUUGACACUUUUUAUUAAAACAUAAUUCACACACCAUUCAACUCACAAACUGUACAGAUUGUUGGUUUCUAGUUUAUUCCCAAGAUUGUGCAACCAGUUUACUUUGUGAAUUAGGACAAGGGGUGUGGGCCUUGGGGACAUUCCAGUCCCUUGCCAAUGCCUCCAGGUCUCAGCCUCUCCCUCCUGGGGCUCAGACUUCUCCAGCUGUCAGACAGGUGCUCCUUCCUUCAACUGUGCUUGUGGCCCUGGGAGACCUCCAUGCACAUGGGACUUGAGUGAGAGACCUCUCCAUAGUCGGCCUGGCAAGGCCCCCAGGUACCCCGCCACAGGACAGGAGCUGCCUGGGCCCCCUAUCCAUCUCUGGGGAGAAACCCUUAGAACACCUUUCUAAGGAGCCCCUCCAAGGACAGCCAGGCCCCGACAGGGUGGGGUGGGGGUUGAUGCUUAGCAGACGCCUUCUCCAGGGCACCAGCUCCCUGUAGAGGUACACUCACUGGGAAGCACCAGCCAGGACAGUUGCUUGGUUGUGCACAAGGUACACCGCAGCCCACCCCAAAGCAGAGGAGGUUUGGUUCUGCCGCGAGGACACAUGUUCCUGCCCUGUGCGUGUGACUUCAGAACAGCUCUCUCAUGAAUUCCCUCCUAGUUUUCUGAACAAAUUAGUCUGUAAUUUUUUAUUUUCCUGUAUUUAUUGCUGACCCUUUGGAUUUAUGAGGCCGUGUGAGGAAUUACAUAUUUUACACAUGCACGUUUGGCAUUGCAAUAAAUCUUACACAUCGAAA